CCACGUACCACCGAAACCGAAAAGAUCGCAGCAGCAGAGAGCAGGGCCCUAUUUAUAAUCCGUGAUUGUUGAGGAGAGGACCCAUCUCAUCUCAUCUGAUACCAAACAAAAAUAAAAAUCUCUCUCUUUUUACGCAAACAAUGUCAGACAGUAAUGGCCAGCCUCCGCGACGCCACCGCAUCGGCUACGCCUUCCCGCCGAAGAAAGAGCAGACCUUCAUCCAACCGUCGCUGAUCGCCCACGCCGGACAACACGGCAUCGAUCUGGUCCCCGUCGAUGCCUCCAAAGCCUUGACCCAGCAGGGCCCCUUCGACUGCAUCAUCCACAAGCUCUACGACGACGACUGGAAUCAGCAAUUGAAGGAAUACUCGUCUCUCUAUCCCCGCACCGUCAUCCUCGAUCCGCCCGAGUCCAUCGCCCGCCUCCACAACCGGGUGUCGAUGCUCGACGUCAUCAACGCCGCCUUCAAAGCCCCUCGAGUCGAGAAUGUCGGGGUCCCCAAGCAGGUCCUGAUCCACGACCCGGCCGAACUGGAAUCCGAUCUGGGAUUGAAAUUUCCGGUCAUCGCGAAGCCUGUGCUGGCCAAUGGCAGCGCCAAGUCGCACCAAAUGUCUAUGGUUUUCAGCGGCGAGGGGUUGAAGAAGGUCGAGACCCCCAUUUUGCUGCAGGAGUUUGUCAACCACGGCGGCACCAUCUUCAAGGUCUACGUCAUCGGGGAUUACACCGAGUGCGUCAAGCGUAGGUCGCUGCCCGACAUCUCCGACGAGCAGCGCACCAAAUUGGCAGGGGUUGUGGUGCCUUUCUCCCAGAUUUCCAAUGAAGAAGUUGACAUUGAGGGUGUUGAGAUGCCGCCACCUGGGUUUGUGGAGGAGCUGGCCAAGGGGAUUUGCGACGGCCUCAAACUCAAUUUCUUCAACUUCGAUGUCAUCAGGGAUUCCAAUGACAAGCAUAGCUAUUAUGUUAUUGACAUCAAUUACUUUCCUGGCUAUGCCAAACUCCACAACUUCGAGCACCUUUUGACGGACUUUUUCUUGGCUGUACUUUCCAACAAGUCCAUGUCUCAGCUUGAACAAGAAUGAGGAUCCCAGCUGGUAGAUUAGAGGAGAGCUCUCAUUGAGUAUUUACUACUUUUCAAGGCAAGGCAUCCCUCUUACUGGGGUUUUAAUUUGCAAUUUAGCUAACAUGUUAUGUCAGUUCUAAGUUGUAAAAUGCCGAAUAACUAAUAAUGCUACCUUCCAAUUUCACUUC